AUGGAGCAGCUGGUGAGCUGGGAUGAAGAUGCAGUGUGAGAGAACGGAACAGAAACGGUAGACAGAGUGCAGAUAAAACAUGAGUCCCAGAGGGCCCUAGGCAGCUGCAUCCCAGGCAAUCAGGAGCCUGGGAUUGGAGACCCCACCCCUGCCGUGACAUCACAGGGGAGUGGGGUGGAGACGAACAAAAAGGGGGUCCCCCGCCCUGGCCUUGGACUCUUGGCCGCCCAGAGUGUCAAGAGCAAAGAGAGCCUGGGCACUGGGCUAGAGGUGCCUGCCUUAAAGGAACAGGCGCCCCACUUCUCGAGCCCCUCUAAGCUGCCCCCACCAGGCCUUGAUCUCUGUCUCCUGGUCCUGAGGACCUCUCCCUCCUGAGACCGCCACUGGGACCCUUCUGAGUGACCCCUGAGCGCUCUCUCAGCAUGAACUGCAUAUCAGAUUUCUUCACCUACGAGACCACCAAGUCGGUGGUUGUGAAGAGCUGGACCAUUGGGAUCAUCAACCGAGCAGUUCAGCUUCUGAUCAUCUCCUACUUCGUGGGGUGGGUUUUCCUGCACGAGAAGGCGUACCAGGUGCGGGACACAGCCAUUGAGUCCUCAGUGGUCACCAAGGUGAAGGGCUUUGGCCAGUAUGCCAACCGAGUCAUGGACGUGUCUGAUUAUGUGACCCCACCCCAGGGGACCUCUGUCUUUGUCAUCAUCACCAAGAUGAUUGUUACUGAAAACCAGAUGCAAGGAUUCUGCCCAGAGAGCGAAGAGAAGUACCACUGUGUCUCAGACAGCCAGUGCGGGCCCGAGCGCUUCCCGGGAGGGGGGAUCCUCACUGGCCGCUGCGUGAACUACACCAACCUGCUCCGGACCUGCGAGAUCCAGGGCUGGUGCCCUGCCGAAGUGGACACAGUGGAAAUGCCUGUCAUGAUGGAAGCGGAGAACUUCACUAUCUUCAUCAAGAACAGCAUCCGGUUCCCCCUGUUCGACUUUGAGAAGGGAAACCUCCUUCCCAACCUGACAGCCACCGACAUGAAGACGUGUCGCUUCCACCCUGACAAGGCCCCCUUCUGCCCCAUCCUGCGGGUGGGGGAUGUGGUCAAGUUUGCAGGCCAGGACUUUGCCAGACUGGCUAGCACGGGCGGAGUUCUGGGUAUUAAGAUCGGCUGGGUGUGCGACUUGGACAAGGCGUGGGAGCAGUGCAUCCCCAAAUACUCCUUCACCCGACUCGACAGUGUUUCUCAGAAGAGCAGCAUCUCCCCAGGCUACAACUUCAGGUUUGCCAAGUACUACAAGAUGGAGAAUGGCAGCGAGUACCGCACGCUCCUGAAGGCUUUUGGCAUCCGCUUCGACGUGCUGGUGUACGGGAAUGCUGGCAAGUUCAACAUCAUCCCCACCAUCAUCAGCUCCGUGGCAGCCUUCACCUCAGUGGGAGUGGGGACUGUGCUCUGUGACAUCAUCCUGCUCAACUUCCUCAAGGGGGCUGACCAGUACAAAGCCAAGAAGUUUGAGGAGGUGACUGAGACGACGCUGAAGAGGGCUCCCUCGGCCAACCCGGUGUACCCCGGCGACCAGACCACGGAGGAGAAGCAGUCCACGGAUUCGGGGGCCUACUCCAUCGGCCACUAGGCCUCUUCCCGGGGCCCCAUGCUCACCCUUAGGCUCCAGGGCUCCCAAGAGGGCACCCCCCCUGGGCUCCCCAUGCUCCAACAGACAGUAGUGUUCCCAGCUAAGACCUUCAUCGCCCCUUCACCCCUUACCUCCACCCUGUCUGCUUCCCAAGAACCCCCCCACACACACACACACACAGAGCAGUAGCACCUGAGUUGACCCCCCUCCAAAGAACAGAGAUAAAAAUCAUCAUAAUAAGGAGUGGCCACGGGGCUACCAAGUACCAGGCACACACAUUAUCUCAUUUAAUCCUUAGAAUAAUCCUAUGAGGUAGAUAUUAGUUCCCCUAUUUUAAAGAUAAACUGAGGCUCAGAGAGACUCAAGGCCACACAGCCAGGAAGUGAGAGAGCUGGGAUUUGAACCCAGGUCUAACUCCAUUGCCCACACCCCACAAGAGACGAAUGAACACCAGAGGGUGUCUGGCCCUGUUGUUCCAGCCUCCCCAACCCUGAGUGUGAUUAGGUUCAGCAUAAUAAAGAGUAAGCCCCAUGCU